UAUUUAAGGCUAACAUAUUCACAGUAAUAGACAAUGUUGAUGUCAAAGGGACUUAUUUACAUCAAUGAUAAAAUAAUAAUGUUCUCUACUACUACUACACUUGAAUAAAGUUGGUGACGUGUACUGGUACUGAGGAGAUUGUAGCGCCGUUCACUGGACAGUUAUUGUCAGUGCAGAUGUUUGCAGUAUAAUCUUUGUGUGACUGUCAGACAUUCAGUCAGUCUGUGAACAGCGCUCCACCCAGAAGCAUUCAUCGACACACACAGUAUCUUUACGACACGCUGCUUUAUUGAGCUGUUUCUAAAUAGCGAGUUGUCCGAUACGUUCACGCGCGUGAUUUACACGACAUAAGGAUCCAGAUGUUUUUUAACACUUAAUUUUGUAGGCACUGAAUAGAGAAACAAAAGGACUAUCCACAUCAAGAAGCGACUUGGCAGUUUCCCUCGAAAAGAAUGCCACUCUUCAUAUUUAUCACGACUAAAGGGGAACUGAUUUGUUCGGGUGAAGUUCAAUGCAGAUGUUGUGCCAUGGUAGGACAUCAACUGUGAGCGCGUUAACCUGAAUUAGGGAGUUAAUAAUCAUGGCUUAUUCAGGAGCGCAAAAGCCUCUGAAGAGUGAUAAGUUAGAUGAAGCUCAAGCUUUGGCUAAAAGCUGUGCAGGCAGGCCGGACUUCCUUCCUUGUGAUGGACUGUCCAUCUGCGCUACUCAUAGUCAUGGAAAGUGUUUCAAACUACACUGGUGCUGUCAUUUGGGCUGGUGUCACUGUAAAUAUGUGUACCAGCCCAUGACCAAUGUCGGCCAGCUUCCCAGCACAUCCGUGCCGGCUGCUCCAUCCGACCGCACAGACACCAUCGAUCUGUCCAUUUCCCUAAUGGAACGCUUUCUCCGUAUCUCCCCUUGCUUCCUGCCUCCACCGUGUCCGGAGUCUCCUAAAUACUGCAACAUUGCAGAACUCUUUAUCGAUGACUACAUUGUCAAACGCAUCAACGGCAAAAUGUGCUACGUUCAGCGGCCCCCGGUUCACACGGAGGCCCCUCCCACUCCGCCUCAAAGAAAUCCGACCAAAGCGAAUCCCCAGAAAAAGCACAUGGAAGAGAAGCAUACUGUUGUCGUGGAUAACGUUAAGGGACCUAAAAUGGGCCACUGCUCUUCUCCUUCCAGCUCAGAGGACUCGGGGAUCAAUGCUUUGGAAGGUCACUAUCUUGAGUCUUGCGAGGAAGAGUCCGAGGAAGACGAUGAGCUUAGCAUGGAUGGGAACUCCAGUCCGGCAAGUCUGUGGGACCAGGAUGAGUGCACCCUGCUUUCCCCUUCCAAAUCCAUUGUGGAGAUUAUUGAAAAUAUCGAAACCACUGUGUGACACAAUUCACUUUCUAGACUUUACAUUUGCUCUUUUUGCGUUUUACGACUCUCUUUAGUUGUGUUUAAAUAAAAUAUUGACGUAGAGGUUCCUCUUUAACAAAUUCACUGUUAAACCUUAAUUCACACAUCUACUCUCUUUUACACCUCACGUGUUUGAGGUUUAUAACACUGUGCACAGCCUUUAAAACAGAUUUCUUACACUAUUUUUCCAAAACCUAGUGAUCCUAUUGGCAGCAUUUUAAGGCAUCAGACAUGCACAAAACGUUGGCAUCCGUAUUUCAGUGGAUGAAGGUGAUGCAUUUUGGUGAGCUCACUGAAAAAUGAAUCCAAGAUGGUGGAUGAGGUGAAUCAUCACAAAAGUGAUGAUUAAAAGUAUUAUUUAUCUUUAUUAGUGUAUCUUGACAUGUUGCCAUGCAUCCAUAAAAGCAUUGAGGCAGCUUACUAGGUUUUGGAAGAGGGUUACCACUUGGUCAUCAUUAUACUGUAUGAAGUUAGAUGUGAAAUGUCUGUCAGAUCUCAUUCUCACUUACUGCAGGCUUUAGGUCACCCAUGAAGUACUUCUGUAGAGACUCGAUUUAGUGCUCUGUGCUUCAGAGCUAUCAUUUUCGUUUUAUUAAAGGGGGCAGAGUUACAGACAGACAUACUGUAUAAGGUUUACAAUUUAUCAGCGAGUGUUGUGUUCCCUGGGAGGUAAACCUGCAUUGCUCAAAACAGUGGAUCCAGUCAGGAGUGAAGAUGAUGCUUUUUUACCUAUAAUGAAGCUUUAAGUACUAUAUGCCUCUGUAGGUUUACUCUAUCUUAGCUUGGGAGAGAAAAGGGCUUUGUUGGUCUUUGAUAAUUUAAUUGUCUCCGAGUGUGUAUAUGACUGUCCUUUUAAAUCGCUGACUUAUGUAAGACCACUCAAAAGCCCUUUUAGUGCUAUUAUGAGACAACGUGUAGGCUAAACCUAUUCAUAAACACAGUACAUGGAAAGGGCACAUUAUAAUGAUGCAAAUUAUCUUCAUUGUACUAAAUUUGAUUCUAGUCAUAUGUCUUCCCUUCAGUUAUGGCCAUGAUUGUUUAAUCCUUCAGGUGUCUUGUCAGGUUUAACAAAGGAACGGUUUAAAAGUUUCUUUGAAGUCAGCACAUCCGUCUAGGAGUCUACUGCUGUCUGGAAAAGGUUUCUUUAAGAUUCACUAUGAUCUCUCUGAUUAUAAGUCUUGUCUUGUUGUAACCUCUCUAAUUUUAUAUAAACACAGUUAAAAUGUUAA